UCCUCCUUCCAUUUUUGUUAGCCGAAUCUCAAUCAGGUCCUCCAAAGUCCAAAUCCCCAACAAAUCCCCUUCCCAUGGCCACCGCUGCUUCCGCUCCGGCGCAACCCCCAUCGCCGCCCCCACCCGCCGAGCACAUCUUCAUCCUCUCCGGCCAGAGCAACAUGGUCGGCCACGGCGGCUUCACCCGCGGCCACGGCUGGGACGGGGUCGUCCCCCCGGAGUCCCGCCCCGACCCCUCCGUCCUCCGCCUCAGCGCCGCCCUCCUGUGGGAGGAGGCCCGGGAGCCCCUCCACCGCGACAUCCCCACCGGGAAGACCCGCGGCGUGGGCCCGGGGAUGGCCUUCGCGAACGCGCUGAGGGAGCGCGGCGGCGGGGCGGGGCGCGUGGGGCGGGUGGGGCUGGUGCCGUGCGCGGUGGGGAGUACGGCGAUCCGGAAGUGGGCGCGCGGGGGGCACCUGUACGAGAGCAUGGUGAGGAGGGCGAGGGAGAGCGUGAAGGACGGCGGGGAGAUCAAGGCGCUGCUGUGGUACCAGGGCGAGAGCGACACGGCGGCGGAGCACGACGCGGAGGCGUACCGGGGGAACAUGGAGGCGCUCAUCAAGAACGUGCGCGGCGAUCUCGGCCUGCCCUCCCUUCCCGUCAUCCAGGUUGCGAUCGCGUCGGGGAACGAGAGGUACAUGGACAGGGUGAGACGGGCACAGCUCGAGAUCGAGCUCCCGAACGUCGUGUGCGUCGACGCGAUGGGGCUGCCGCUCAAUGACGACCACCUUCACCUCACCACUCAUGCCCAAGUCCGCCUCGGCCACAUGCUGGCCGACGCAUACCUCCAGCAUUUCGCACCGUAGCCCCGCCUUCCCGUCCUUUUUUACCUUUCAUUCAAGGACUUUGAUUCGUCGCGCGAGACUCGAGGACAUUGAUUUCGUAGUUGCGUGUUGUGGUGUGAGAGACUAAUGAUAAUGUUUCGUCAUCCCGUCCCUUCGGAGCGGGCCGGGUCGGGUUGGAUCGGAGGAGGGGAUUCUAAAUGUGUGGAUUAGGCACACGGCUUGCGUAUGAUUUGCCAC